AGUUGAAGAGGUGAGGAAAGAGGAAAGAGGAAAUGCUAGGAGGAGGACAAGUAGAUCGAAUACCUAAGAGAAUGGGUUCAGCCACAUUCAUCGAAGUCCUUCUCGCCAUCUUCAUUCCACCCGUCGGCGUUUUUCUCCGCUAUGGCAUUGGGAUCGAAUUUUGGAUUGACUUGGUGCUCACAUUUUUCGGAUACAUUCCCGGAAUUAUUUACGCCGUUUACGUCUUGAUUGGAACGCGAUGACUGACCCUUAUGGCCUUACCGUACCGCCGUGGCGUUUCUUGGUGGAAUCCACCUUUUUAGGACUAUACCCCUUUUCUUAGUUGUGAGAUUUAGACUACAAAAUGCUUCUCUUCUUUCUUCUUCUUCUUCUUUAGCUUUGGAAGGUAUAAAUAAAAAGAUUAUGGAUGAAAUUAGGGUGGGUUUGGUAGGGAUUUUGGCAUAGCUAAAAUCAUUUUUUUUUUCACAAAAAUAUGGUAUUUUGCAACCUAAAUAAAGUGAUUUCAGAAAAAUAAGAAACUACUCGAUUUCUUAAGCAUCACUUCUGGAAAUUACCACCUUAUUUCAUAUAGUUUUUUAAAUACCCAAAAUACCCUUCUUUUUUAGUAAUUUGACAGUUUCAAAAUCAUUUUUAGUAUAAACAAUCCUGAUCGAUAGAAAAUUUACUAAACAUAACUUUGAUGGUUUAGAAACCAAUAUUACCUAAAACUUUUAUUUUUUCUAAAAUCACUAUGUCAACCCUCAUUAGAUGAGAAUUUUUAGGUUGAAUGAUUGAAUUAGAAUUGUGCUGUGAGUAUAUCCUUGUGAGUUUAAUUGGGUUGGUGAAUGGAACGUUUGGAAUUUUGGGGAGGGUAUAAAAGUAAUUAAGUAGCUUUGAUUUUUUUGGUGAGAUUUUACCAUUUUAGUUUAGACAAAUUGUUUGAUCUAAAGUUCAUGAUUGAUUUUUUGUUUUUAAGUUUGAUGAAAGUUUUAUAUAAUAUUGUGAAAACAAAAGAAAGUAUGAAGUGGUGUGGAAAUGGGAAUAUUUAUGAAAUUAUCAUAUUGAAAUUGGGAUGGGAUUAUGGAAUUUAA